AUGUACAAAUUUAUUUUUCACACCUCUGAUAAUGAUGCCGGACAGACUGAUUUAAAAGUAGUUUCGGACAAGGACCUCCUUCUGGCCGUCAGUUUACUUCACGAAAAAAUUGAGUUCAACAUUAAUAACAUAUCAUCUUCACUUCACUUCACUGACUGCGUCAAUUAUAUAUACGGAUUGGACAAUCAUUUUAUUGAAGGUCUUUAUAAUGUGGUGGUUAGUGAUAUCGUUGAUGUUGGCAGUGAGACGUGGGAUCACUCUUUCUCACAUAGGGUUGAUCUUUUCCAUGAAAUUUUGGAAGAUUUUGAUUUCCUCCGCAGUUCCUUCUUGAAACAUUGGAAAUCAUUCUUCGAUCUACUAUUCAAUGAUUCAAAUCAACUCCUACACAAUGAACAAUCUAGAAUAAUGAUUUUUUUUUCAAUGAUAAAGUUAUACACAAAACUCAUCAAAUACAUCCAUCUUGACUUUGGCUCUCUGGCAAUCAUAUACGAUCUUAUCAUAUUUGUUAUAAUUAAACUAAAAUCUUCAUCCAUUCCCCAAAGUUGUGUAAGAAAAACGCUAAGACUAAUAGAAAAUUUUGUAUUCAGACAAGAAUUUAUUAAAAUUUUACAAUCCCACAGUCAAGUUAACAACCACGCCAAUGAUGUUACACACAGAUUCUUACAAAAAACUUUGUGUUUGUUAACAACAGGUGAAACAGAAGAUGAUAAAAUCGCUAGUGGACUAAAUUUUAAUGUUAUUACAGAUAAUUUUAUUAAAAAUUCAACUGGUCUUAAUUUAGAUGGCAAUUAUGUCCAUAUUAUUUCUUAUAAAUGGAUAAAGAGUUUGCUACUGAGGUCGUCAAAUUAUGAUUUUUUCAUUGGUUCUGGUAAUGUAAAAAGUAGCAUUAAGGAUGAUUCUUGUGAAAAAAUUGAUUCAACAUCGUUGAGGAAGUUAAUAUUAAUCAUUCUUCAGUGUUGUUACAUAGUUCUCAAUGUUAACUCUAUGUGUAAGCUUGAUUACAGUGUUAAUAAAAGUAAUGCUACCACUACUGUUACUACAACUAAUAAAAAAGAUGUUGUUGAUGAUGAUAAUAAUGAUGAUGGUGAUGACGUCAAUAACAUAGUUGAUGGAGCAGCUGAAGUUUGUAGUAAUGGUGAAUACUUGUGCACUGGUAAACCGGAGUUGUUAGCUCUUUUUAAAUCAUCGGUAAGUUUCGUUGCAUCCCUCGUUGGAACCUUUCAUUGCAAACUUGAAAUUAAUCAAGAGAGAAUUGAAACAACGACCAAUGAAACAACGACCACCACAUUCGCAGCGGCAACCACAUCAGCCACAUCAGCAACAACUACUUCCUCAACUGCAUCCACGACACCGGCAUCCACAACAUCUACUGCUAGAACAUCUAUUACUGCUAUUACUUCAGCAACGACAACAACGUUAACAGCUGCUACCAACGCUACUACUGUUACUACCAAUACGACUACUACAAAUAGCGAGAGUAGUGGCAAUGAUAAUGCAAAAAAUCCAACCACAAAUUUUUCCACCAUAAAACGGUUCCACCAUUAUAAAAUGAUGAUUGACAUAUUUGAGGAGCACGAUGAAUCUCUAGUCAGAAUGCUGAUGUGUACAAUGCACAUACAUCAACAACAUUACAUGUUGAUCAAAAAUACCCAAGAAUCAUCAGUGAGUGAUAAUACGAACCUUCCUAAUCUAAAAAACACCACAGAAUCAUUAAUGAGCGAUAACACGAACCUGCCUAGUUUCAAAUGUAUCCCGGAAAAAACAAUGAGUGAUAAUUCAAAUUUACCUAAUCUAAAAAACACCCCAGAAUCAUUAACAAUGAGUGAUAAUAGGAACCUUCUUAAUCCAUUUCUGCUUCUGCUAUGUUUGUUACAAAGUUUAGAUUGGAGGCACAGUGUGUUGCUGGAUUGGCUUGUAUCACCCGAAACUUGUUUCCUAGAAUAUCUGGUUAAAGUUUUCAAAUUUGUAAUCUGUAAUUUUCACGUCUGGGUUGAGAGUUGUGACGUUUUUGAUGAUGAUGUUUGCAAAUCCGGACGUAAUAGUAUGUCACUACUUUUACAUCUUAAUAGUAGCAGUAGCAGCAGCAGCAGCAGCAGUGAUAUCAACCAUAUACUUCGCCGUGACGGUUAUGUUGGUAUUGCCACUAAAAAAUGUGGCAGCCUUGGCGAUGUGAAGAGUAAUAAAUGCAGAAGGAGUAGCAAUACUAAGAACAGUAGUAAUAACAGUAACGAUGAUGGUGGUGUUAAUGGUAGAAAUGACGGAGGCAGUAGGCAAACAUUGAAUCUUACGGCUUAUUCAGAUAGUGACAAUGAUGAGGAUGAUGAGAAUGAAAAUAACCUCCAUGAGAAUAAUAUUAACACAGUUAAUAUUAAUAUUAAUAAUAAUAACAAUAAUAAUAAUGUUAUAAAAGAAGAAAACAGCAUAAGAGAUAUGAUUGAUGUCAUUUGUGAAUAUGAUGAUGAGUAUGAAGAUGACGUCAACGUCGAUGAUGAUGAAAAUGAUGAUGAAGAAAAUGAUGAUGAUCAAUCAAAUGAUGACGACGACGAUGAUGAUAACGAAGGAGAUAACGAUGAGACAAAUAAAGAAAUGAUGAAUGAUGCGAUGAUAUCGAAUGAUAUUAUCAAAACACAAGAGAAAUGUGAAAUAUUGUUUCGAAGGUUGCUACGAUCCAUUGAGAAACUACACAAACAUGGAAAUAUACCCUAUGACCCUAAGGCUUUAAUAACAUUAUUGAGAAACUUUCUUUUACUGAAAAACCAAAAUUAA